CUCUUUCUCCUUUCUCUACAGCGUUCUCCAGUUUUACAGUCAAACCGUGGGGGGAAAAAUCCCGGCUUUCUCCAGAGAAAGAGUAAGCGUGCCAAAAGCACAUGCUUGCUGGGAACAAAGGAUGUGAUGGAGUUGCUUGAAGAAGACCUCACAUGCCCGAUUUGUUGCAGUUUGUUUGAUGAUCCCCGAGUGUUGCCCUGCUCACACAACUUCUGCAAAAAAUGCUUAGAAGGGCUCUUAGAGGGGAAUGUGCGGAGUUCAUUGUGGAGACCAUCUCCAUUCAAGUGUCCUACCUGUCGUAAGGAAACUUCAGCUACCGGAGUCAAUAGUCUGCAGGUUAAUUACUCCCUAAAGGGUAUUGUGGAGAAAUACAACAAAAUCAAGAUUUCUCCCAAAAUGCCCGUGUGCAAAGAACACUUGGGGCAGCCUCUCAACAUUUUCUGUGUGACCGACAUGCAGCUGAUCUGUGGGAUCUGUGCUACUCGUGGCAGUCACACCAAGCAUGUCUUCUCUUCUAUUGAGGAUGCCUACACUCAGGAAAGGGAUGCCUUCGAGUUCCUCUUUCAGAGCUUUGAGACUUGGCGCCGGGGAGAUGCUCUUUCCCGCUUGGACACUUUGGAAACAAACAAGAGGAAAUCCCUACAGUUGCUCACUAAAGAUUCAGAUAAAGUAAAGGAGUUUUUUGAGAAGUUACAGCACACAUUGGAUCAAAAGAAGAAUGAAAUCCUGUCUGACUUUGAAACUAUGAAGCUCGCAGUUAUGCAGACCUACGACCCGGAGAUCAACAAGCUCAACAGUAUUUUACAGGAGCAGCGAAUGGCCUUCAACAUCGCCGAGGCGUUCAAAGACGUCUCAGAACCCAUUAUAUUUCUGCAACAGAUGCAGGAGUUCAGGGAGAAAAUCAAAGUAAUCAAGGAAACUCCUUUGCCACCCUCUAAUUUGCCCACAAGCCCUUUAAUGAAGAACUUCGAUACCAGUCAGUGGGAGGACAUUAAACUGGUGGACGUGGAUAAACUCUCUCUGCCUCAAGACCCCGGCGUGCUCGCCAGCAGGAGCCCCUGGCCCCCCUGUCUGCUGCUCGUGGCGGUAGUUCUGCUGGGUCUCCUCGUAUUCUUUGGCCCCACUGUAUUCCUGGAGUGGUCUCCACUUGAAGAAUUGGCAACUUGGAAAGACUGCCUUUCAAGCUUCAAUUCUUACCUGACUAAAUCAGCUGACUUUGUAGAGCAAUCUGUUUUUUACUGGGAACAGAUGACAGAUGGGCUUUUCAUUUUUAGUGAAAGAGUGAAAAAUGUUAGUUUGGUGGCACUGAACAAUGUGGCAGAAUUUGUAUGCAAAUACAAACUAUUAUAAAAACUUUCAGUUA